AUGAUGUUUUUAUGUCAUCUUUAUGUCUCCAGCACUGCAGGAUCAUAUCUGGUGCCAUGCAGACUGGGUGAGCACAUAUUUCUGACAACUGGAACUUACGCAUUACCAUAUAGAAUGUUCCUUACCAAUGACACUCCACUCCACCCCUCAUCUUUCCUACUCCUGGGAAUCCCAGGAAUGGAAAAGCUCCACAUCUGGAUCAGCUUUCCCUUUUGUGCAGUGUAUAUGAUUGUGCUUUUAGGGAACUUCACCAUUCUGUUUGUGAUCCAGGCUGAGACCAGCCUCCACCAGCCCAUGUUCUACUUUCUGGCCAUGUUGGCCACCAUUGACUGGGGCCUCUCCACAGCUACCAUUCCUAAGAUGCAUGGUAUCUUCUGGUUCAGACUUAGAGAGAUCAUCUAUGCUUGCCUCACUCAGAUGUUUUUCAUUCACAACUUCACACUUAUGGAAUCAGCAGUCCUUUUGGCAAUGGCUUAUGACCGCUAUGUGGCCAUCUACAACCCACUCCGAUAUAGCAUCAUUCUCACUAACAAGGUGGUUUCUGUGAUUGAUCUUGGCAUAUUAGUGAGGUCAUUUACUUUUGUGUUUCCAUUUAUAUUUCUUAUUAUCCGAUUGUCCUUCUGUGGUAAUCAUGUCAUCCCCCACACCUGUUGUGAACACAUGGGUCUUGCUCCCCUGGCUUGUGCCAGUAUCAAUAUGAAUAUUAUCUAUGGCUUGGGUGCUAUUUCUAUCCUGGUGUUUGACAUCACAGCCAUUGCUAUUUCUUAUGUCCAGAUACUCUGUGCUGUUUUCCAUCUUUCUUCUUGUGAAGCCUGGCUCAAGUCCCUUAGCACACGUGGUUCACAUGUUUGUGUAAUUCUUGCCUUCUAUACACCAGCUCUCUUUUCCUUUAUGACACAUCGCUUUGGCCAGAAUGUCCCCCACGAUAUCCACAUACUUCUGGCCAAUCUCUAUGUCAUAGUGCCACCGAUGCCCAACCCUGUUAUCUACGGAGUCAGAACUAAGCAGAUCUAUGACCGUGUGAAGAAAAUAUUAAUGCAGGAAAAAAAAGAAAGCAAGAGGAGUAGCAUGUAA